UUCCUUCGCAUCAUCCCACAUAUGAAUGACGACCGACAGUGCCAAGAUGUCUGCAGUUGCCUGGUUCCCGAAGCCGAGAUUCGUUAGUUCGUUCGUUUGCUCGGGAUGAGUGUAUAGAACACACCCGAACGAUAUCCGAAAGCAGGAGAGACCGCCGCCGUUUCGUUGGAGUCCAAAGGCAGCCAGCGCCGAUGCGAUCGGGCAGUUUGUUCUCGGAGUUUUCGCUGGCGAGAAGUGUUGUUUUGGUGUUUUUAGUGCCGCUGCGCGCAGCUCUAGAGCGGUCGCGCGAAGAGAGGGAGAGAGAAGCAGUAUAAAAGAUAAAAAGAGCAGAAACCAAAUGAAAAUAUUGGAAAAAAGUGUGAUUUUAGUGCGGGAUUUGAGGUGCAAAAUCAAUGAUUCUCUGGGAUCAGAUUAGAUCAGCAGUGUGUUGGCGGUGAAAAUUUUCCCUUUCUGUCGUUAUGUGAUGAAAAGUCCAACGGAAGUGCCUCUAAAAUGUAAUUCCUCUUACUGUUAUUUUGACACGGAUAGUGGCGAGCAUCCGUCAAAUCAGCAGACAAAACACUACCACAGUGAAAGAAUUGGUACGUUUGCUGCUGCCUGCUGCGAUGACGUCGGGUAUCCACACGACACCCGCUCCGAUGGUUGUGUUUGGAAGCAUUGGCCGCUAGAAGCGCUCACACAAGCACAUGGUCCAUACGGAACACUUAGAAGAUAUCUCAACAUAUAGCAGUGUGAACUCGCGCGACAUAUUAGUAUAUAUCUUCGCUCGGCUCGGAGUAAUGAGAUGUGUUUAUAUAAGUACAAAACAUAAAAAUAAAUUCAAUGAAAAUGAAAAUAAUUCUAAAGUGAGGAGACAUUUUCAACAUGAAUUAUGAUCGAGAAAUUCCUUCGAUUCGGUCGCCAAAAGUGAGACGCUCGUGCGGGGAAAAUUAAACAAGCAAUUAAUUUUUGGGGACUGGCACAAAAACAGAACCGCCAGGGCAGACAGGCAGGUCUGAAACAGGCAAGGACUGUGGGGACCAAGAAGCAAUAAGUGUAAAUAUCGGCGAGGAGAUUAAAAAUAAAAUGCUCAGAUUAAUUGCCGUCGUCGGCAUGUGGAUGCUGCUGCUGCUGGUGACGACUUCUGUGCGUUCCAUCGGUGGACAGUUGACGAACUCGAGCCAGGAUGUGGAGAGUGACGCCAGUGACGAAUGUCCACGGAUUUGCUCGUGCCUCGGAAAUGUCAUCGACUGCUCGGAGAAGGGUCUGACGUCGCUAUAUGCGUAUGUGGAUCAUAUUCCCCGCUGGGUGGAAAAUCUUGAGUUAUCAUCGAACAGGCUUAGUCACGAUGCGGUCCAGUCGCAGGUGUCCGACCUUAACAAAUUACAGGAACUCAAACUCAACAACAACAGCCUCGGUCGAAUACCGACAUUCCGUGGGUUGAACAACUUGGUUCGAUUAUUUCUGGCCAACAAUGGAAUCGAUGCGAUCGCGGUGGACGCUCUGGAGGCUUUGGCUAGUCUGCGAUAUUUGGAUCUGUCGAGGAACAGCAUAAAGAGCGUGCAGUUCGGGUCGUUUCCGGUGAAAAAUAGCCUCCAGUAUUUGAACUUGAACUUCAACAAGUUGUCUUCGUUGAGUAAAGGGACGUUCCAGCGGUUGGCUUUACUGAAAAGAUUAGAAAUCAACAGCAACGCCCUCGAAGAGGUGCAAAGUUUAACGUUCAAAAAUUUAAACCAGCUGAAAAGUCUCAAGAUGAACAACAAUAGGAUAACCAAUCUGAUGGAUGGCGUGUUCCAUGGGCUGACCACAAUAUCCGUACUGGAGCUGAACAACAACAGUAUUACCACAAUCAGGAAAGGGGGUCUGUUUAAUCUUACGAGCCUCACGAGUUUGACACUGUCCAAGAAUGCAAUCACCGAAAUUGAACAGGAUGGGUGGGAAUUUGCCCCGCGCUUGAACACACUGGAUCUUUCCUUCAAUAGGCUGGAAGCGGUUGAUAAGUACACCUUUGAAGAACUGUCUCAGUUGAGAACGCUCAACCUGGAGGGAAAUCAGAUUUCCUCAAUCGGAGAGGGUACAUUCAACAGUAGCAGGAGCCUGGAGGUGUUAAAUCUUGGAUCGAAUCGAAUAUCCUGGACGAUCGAGGAUAUGAGGGGACCGUUUUUCGGGCUGUCCAAGCUGGAAAAGUUGUAUCUGAACUCGAACGAGAUCAAGUCGGUCAGCCGAAAUGCUUUCAUUGGGCUGAAGUCGCUGACGCUGCUCGAUUUGAGUCAGAACAAUAUCUCUUACAUACAGAAUAACGCGUUAAAAGAUUCAGUGAGGUUAAAUAAAUUAAUUAUGAAUUCUACCAACUUACUGUGCGAUUGCAAUCUUGUUUGGUUCUACCACUGGAUCAAGGAGCGAAAAGAUGUCUUCCAGCUCGACGCGGAAUGUAGCUACCCGAUUUGGCUCCGAGGACAAUUGAUACGGGACUUGAAUGCUACCAAUUUCUCCUGCUAUGACUCCCCAAAGCCUCAGCUGGUAGAGGAACCCAAGUCGCAGCUUGGCAUCCGCGGCACCAAUGUGACUCUCGGAUGCACGGUAACCUCUACCGCUUCGGACCCAAUGGUGUUCAAGUGGAAGCAAGACAAUCAGGAGUUGCCAGAUAGUUUUUACACGGUCAAUCAGUUGAACAGUGCCAAUGGAAGCACCGUCGGUACGACGGAGCUCACGAUCCCCUACAUUCAGGCCGACGGAGCUGGCAAGUAUCAGUGCAUUGUGACCAACAACUACGGUGUAGUGUACUCGCAGAAGGUGAAGGUAACGGUGGCGACAUAUCCGAGCUUUAGGAGAAGCCCAAGCGACAUCAGUGUACACUCGGGGAAAACAGCCCGCUUGGAUUGCUCGGCGGUGGGGGAUCCAAAGCCGCAGAUAUCCUGGGACAAGGAUGGUGGGAGUGAUUUUCCGGCGGCGAAAGAACGACGAAUUCACGUCAAACCGGAUGAGGAUGCGUUUUUCAUCUUCAAUGCCCAGUUGGCGGAUAUGGGGCUGUACACGUGUACUGCUGAGAACCCGGCUGGUGUCAUCAAAGCGAAUGCUCUCGUGGUGGUAUUUGAAUCACCCACACUUCUGAAGCCUUUGGAGUCGAGGAGUUCGGAGGUUGGAAAAUCCAGCGUGUUGGAGUGUUUGGCAUCCGGAUAUCCGAAACCAUCGAUCCAUUGGUUCAAGGAUGGUGAACCUAUUCUGAUCACGGAACGGCAUUUCUUCACAGCAGAAGGACAGUUGCUGAUCAUCGUUGAGACGGAUUUUAGCGAUGGUGGGGAAUACGAAUGUAGGCUGGAAAACGAUUUCGGAAGCGAGAAGGGAUCGAUGCGAUUAACUGUUCUUGAAGGACCAGAAAUGAUACAGGAAGUGUUCGCUAACAGUCCCACAGAAACGGUGGUCACGGGUCAUCUUUUGAAUGACAGGGACAUCGUGGUUAUUAUCAUUAUAACCAUCAUAUGUUGUGCGAUUUUGACGUCUCUGAUUUGGCUCGUGGUGAUGCACCGAGUGAGAAAACAAAAUCUGAACCAUAUGGCGGAUCGAAGCGAAGUGGAGGGGGAAGACAUGGACAUGAACGCAAACAUGGAGGUCAAUCAACAGAAUCUGAUCGUACGCAGUGGAGUCGGAAAUUAUUUGGAAUUCCUUAUACCGAUGGUGCCCAACGAAGCGACCACGAACGUAGAUGAUGACGACCAGGCUCAUCUGACCGAUCGCUUCUACUACUCUGUUGUACCCAAGGUUUUGCCAAAGGUUCGUCGCAAUGGUGCAGAGUCAGACGACAUGGAUGACGACCUUUCCUCGAAGGACUCCGGAACGGGAGGAGACUGUGGCUCGGCCACUGAUUCCACUAAUGUUCACCGAAGUAGUCACGACGAUCUCAAGGGCCUGUUUCAAUCGUUAAGCCGCAAAGCGGCUGAACUGAACGGUCCCUAUCCGUACGACGAGCACGAUCCGGAUUCGGAUCCUCGGAUAGAGCCUCCACCUCCGAUUCCCCCAGUGAACGCAACGACCGCUAUCCUAGUGAACACCGAUCCAAACAAGAUUGUUUUCAGCGACGAUAUGCCACCGCCGAUCAUAUCGCGGAUGGCAACCUCACAGACGUUUCCCACGUUCGUGCAUCCUUCCACGAAUCCGUCCUCACCACUGGUGUCGUCCUCGAUGGAAGCAACGGUGGGUGGUGCGCACCAACAGCAGCAACCGCUCCAAACGCAACCUAGUCAAGUGCAGGUCAACAAGCUGUAUCAGCUGUUGAUCGAGAAUCCGAGUCUGCUGGAGAAUCCGAUCAAGUACCGAAGCAAAUCGGUGGAAGGUGGUGGUGGUGGUGAAACGCUGCCACAGAUGAGAGAAUACUUGGAACCGGUUAGUAGCAGCGGGUUUGGUACGAGCAGUAGUUGCACAUCUAAUCGAGAGCUGCCCAGUGGUGGUGACAGCAGGGGGAACCUUAGUCAGCACGAGUCGACGAACUUGAGGGAGGUGGUAAGCUAAGGGGGAGGGCAUAAUGGUGAUGAUCGCGUGUAUAUGGUGUUGAUGGAGAUACGCGGGAGAAAACGGUUUUCUGGUUCGGUGGAAUAGCUAACGUGUGACUUUGGUAUGUGGCGGUUACUUGGGGAAGAAAGUUUGCUCAAGAUUUAAUUCAGAAGACGAAGCUUCCAACCCAAUUUUGAUUGAUAAAGGUAUUAAGGGGAUUUUUACGAAUAAUUCGUAGAUCAUGAAGAAAGUGGCUUCUACCUAAAAUUGACUGAAAUUGACUGACAAUAUUGAUCGGUAAUCGGUAUUGAAUUAGAGAGACUUUAAACUUUGAGAGUUCAUUCGUCUCUAAUAUUGAUGCUUUGUUUGUUUGCUCUUGCACGAGUAUUUCGUUCAUAUUAUCGCUUGCGUUCUACAACAGUUAUGUUUUUGUUCGUAGUUAUGUUUUUGUUCAUUGAAAAGUUGAGUGUUUCGCCACAUUUUUCAGGAGUUACAGACGAUAUUGUUAUCUAACGACCCAUAAGAAAGAUAAAAUAACGAUAAACAAUGAUAAAUGUCUGGGAGAUGUUCUUGUUUCACUGGAACUGAAACUCUGAAUCAGUCAAUACAUUAUUGUUUGUUGUCUAAAGACUAUUUCAUCUCUGAAAAUAGCGGGAGUGACGAUUCGUAUCAUAACUUAGAUGUGCAAAGCAUACCACUGCAUUUUGGAGAUAAGGUUGUAUUCUAUUGAUAUUAAUGCCCCCGUUAAUGAGGUCGUUUGGCAGGAUAUUUCGAAUGUUGGCUGUAAUGAUUUCUUUGUAAACUUUGUGCAGUGGCGAUAUCGUAAACAAUGAGGUACAUCCGAGGUGCGAUUAUUGCUAGUGGAAAACUAAAUGAUUCCUUUGUAGUGUCUCAAACUCAGAACAGUGAGGUUUGUAUUUAGAAUUUGACCGCACAAAAUUACGGAAUGCUCAAGGAGAGAAUAAAUUAAAAAAAUAAUCGUUAAAAAUAUAUUUUUGUAGGAAAAAAACAAGAAAGUUAUUCUUCCGCAAUUUUGAUAAACUUUCGAACUGUUCGCUGAAUACCUCGCAUCAUUUUCUGCACAGUGACAUUGUCAACAUUUUCUACCAUUUUUCCACAUCAGCCAGACUUCUUCAAUUUACGUUUGACAAUUACCCAAUAUUUUCGAAGGGACAAAAAUCUUGAUAAUUUGGUGGAUUCAUACAACAUCAACAUUAUUCUGCUUAUACCAUUCUACGACAUCCCGGCUGUAAUAACGGCUGACUAAGUCGUGCCAGAACUUCAUGGGACCUUCUGAAGACACUUCUCCUUGUAAAGCUAUCCAUUCAUAGUUGCUCCAGUGAUAAAAACCUUCAGUUUCUUCCCUCAACUACAGAUGCCUUGCCAAAUCAUCAACUUGCAGAAAUAUUUAAACUUACCCGGAUAUUCCACCUUACGAUUAGCAAGAUAUUAUUUUUGACCCGGGAUUUGUCCAAAAUCCGUUGUACUUGGUCCGAACUUGGUCGCACAGUUUCCUUUUUUUUUUUUUUUUUUUUUCCAAAAUAUAUAUUUUUAUCAAGGCUCAUAUGGCGUUAGCCUCACGGGGCCGGGAGUUCAAUACUUUGACAAUUUUUCUUAUUACCUAUGUUAGUAAUAUGUAACCGAUUACUCGCGGUUGGCUCGAGGUUAGUAUUACAAGUGUUUUCGUAAUUCGGAUGUUGCUGUCUCCAAUGCUCUGUACGUGUGCCCGACUCGGGAUACUUCCUAUUGGGAUGCAGCUGACCCUUGAUCAGCAACGCCCCCCUAGUAUGUACCUCAUAUCUAGCGUGGUGCGUCUUUCUCGACUCCAGGAAUCCAGGAUAGAAUGGUCACUAACCGGCGCAAUCAUCAGUUCAUGUAGAGUUGUCAUGAGCGGUACAACCUUUGGCUCUUGUUGAAUCAUCAGUGGACUGCACAACCUUUGGCCCGUGUAUCUGUAAAGAGUGUGUGUAUGUAUUGCCGCGACUAAGUAAAAGUUUAUCGAUCGGAUAGGAGGGAUAUAAAACGGGGACACAACGAAGGAAACAUCAUUAAACGUUGACAUCGGCGUUCCUGAGGAACAGGUAUAGAUGAAGCAGAAGAUCAGGAUCACGGCUACCUAAGAUAUCCCGGACGGGGAUCUCCGAUUGUCUGCCUUGUGCUCUCAGUGCUCUAGAGAGCUGAGAGCGAGCAGCAUGGAACCGGAUACACGACCAGACAACAUGCUCGAUGUCGUGGUAGCCAUCGCCACAAUCACAAAGAUUGUUUGCUGCGAGCCCAAUGCGAUAGAGAUGCGCGUUUAGGUUGUAGUGAUUGGACAUAAGCCGAGAUAUCACGCGAAUGAAAUCACGACCUACAUUCAAUCCCUUGAACCAUGCACUCGUCGAGACCUUAGGGAUAAUCGUGUGUAACCAACGACCGAACUCAUCUCCACUCCACAUGCGCUGCCAACUUACGAGCGUGUACUGACGAGGAAUGUGGUAAAAUUCAUUAUAAGCAAUUUGCCUUUCAAAAAGUGUGCCUUCUAAAGCGCCCACCUUAGCUAGCGAGUCCGCUUUCUCAUUCCCCGGAACAGUUUCCUUGUAUGGUGCAUCGCAGUGAAAUUUUUCGCUAAAUCACGUCCGGAGAUCCCAGGAUUAUUUCGGACUGCCCUGAUGAUCUUUGCUCGUAGUUUACGGUCAUAUGUUCCACUUAUAGGAAUUUCGGUCAACGGUAUUAUAGUGCACUUGUCCCUGUUAAGGGUGCACUAUACGCCAAUUUUUCGGUACGCAUUUGAAUCGACUGUUAGUGAGUUGGGAGGAUAUCUAGCCUAGCUGAAUGGCUACAAACGAUGUAUUCUACAUGUGACUGAUACAGAAGAUGCACUUGUAAUAAUGAUUCCUGAUAACCCUAAGAACGAUGAACGCAAGCUGAUUUGUCCGAAAAAAAUAGUUUCCAGUUUCAACAAAUGCAAGACAUCUAUAGCUGACGCAGCGCUCCUUCACAUUCCCGAUUUGAACAAAUCGCUAGGAUUAAUGGUAAAUGCUUCGAACUGUUUCGUCGGAAUAGGAACCGAUUCCAAUGCGAGACUGUUCAGUGCUUCAGUUCACGCAGCAAAUUCGUUUCUAUAUGUUCAAUGUUGUCAAAACGGAUCCUACGAAGCGGUAGUUUGAGUUUCGGAAAUAGGAAAAAGUCACACUCAUGUUUCGUCGUCAGUAAUGAGAUGAACGUUGGAUCAGGAUUUGAUCGUUCAAGCAUGUUUUCAGUCUUUUGUUUGCGAUUAAAUGUGAAAAAAACAGCUCUUUUAGCACUUGUCGCGCUGCGACUUUUCUAUUUUGUGUGUGCUUCCGGUUCGUAUGCAAUUCGAGCACUAUGCUGAGGUGAUUGAUGUAUGAACGAAUCAUUUUUCUUUCAUCCGCCCGUGCAGAUGUUUCGGUUUAAUCAUUCUUCGGUUUAAUCAUUCUUGUUAUACCGGAGUCUUGCUCUUGCAUUUCUGCUGGUCCGACAUAAGAUGGUCGAGGGAAAUUCUGAUUGGCCUCGUAUGCAUCCCUUCCGCGGGGAAUUUUCCUGCUAGAGUUGGAUAUGUGAGAAGGAUUUGCGAUAUGUGAGAAGGAAAAUAUUUAUAGCAUCUUCUUUUUUAUCCCAUUUUUUUAUUUAUUUAGGCUCAUUAGCAUUUUAGAUGUAGCAGAGCCGCAUUUAAUCGUGUACAUGUUACAUGUUUAUUAUAUCUAUAAAUUGUAAGUUACACAAUAGCCAUUUAGCCGUAAGAGUAUUCAUUCUGUUCUUCGAUUAUUCAGUAGACCGGACAGCGAAGACAGCAAAUAUGAUCAUCGUUGUGUUAUUUAUAGUACAACAGCCAGAUGUUUCUUGCAGAGCAGAGCAGCGCUUGUAUGGACGAAGAGAGGCCAGUACUCCGACCGUGAAUCGAUCUCCAUCACUGUUGAUUGUUGCGUGGACGUAGUUAUUCCAUUACAACACAAAGAUGGUCAAUUGAGGGCCUUGAGUUUUGAACUCUACGAUCGAUCGCUCGGUAAGCGAACGCGCAACCAAUGUGGGGCUGUUCUCAGAUGAUUGAAUCUGUUCUCAGUGCAAAACUGUUCAAAAAGUGCGCAACUAAACUGUGUUCCAUUGUCUGAUACGAGAGUUUCUGGAAUGCCUUUAUGGAGCUUUAUUUUUGUAAUUUCUCGGAACGAUGCGCGUAGCAAACGGAUCGUUUCAUUUGUGAUCAUUCAAGUGGGAAACAUUUAGUGCCACCUACUAAAUGCGUCCACCAUAAUCCGAUAGGAUGUGUCUUCGAGUGGACCAGCGAAGUCACUAUGAACUCUAUGGUAUGGUAGUCCAGUUUUCGAUUAUACUUGUGACAUUUCUUUAUAUGGCGAUUAUGCUGCUACUUCAUGUCUCGAUAUGUCUUAAUCUAUGAUUGGCUUCCGGAAGGUUCAGAGGAUAACUAAUCUAUCGAUGAACAUUAUGCUGCCAAGAGCUACUGACAUAAGUCUCGCAUUGUCAAACCUUUAAGAUGGGAUCGACUCUUAUGGAAUAUAGUACAGUAAAACCUGUUUUUAUGCGGUUCUUUUUUGUGUGAUUUUCUGUUCUUGUGCGAUUUUUUUUGUGCGGUGUAUGAAGAAGCAAUGGACGAUGUUAUCGUCCAUUUUUCGAUGGUUUAUAUGCAUUUCAGUGCGAGAAAAGCAUAUUUGCGUCUCAAUUAUCCACUUCUGAAAUCAUUCCCCUCCUCUCAUCAAAUGCUCUAAGUUUUUCAAAGUUUUUGCAUGACAUGAUUUCUAACAGCAACACGUUUCGACAUGCAACUAAAAGCACAAAACAGCCACGCGCAACCGAAAAGGCAAAUUGUCCCAUCGCAAAGCAGGGAAACAAAAGGAAAUUGAACGGUGAAUGGCGUGGAUUUGAGUUAUUUUCUUGGGGGAAACUUUUUUUUAUGCGGUCCCUAUCUACCGCACAAAACAAGUUUUUUUUUCAAAAAUGUGUACCGAACACGAUUUUUUAAAGCUACUGGUGAAGUUUUGCACUAUUUUUUAUGCGACUUUUUUGUGCGGUCUCUAUCUCCCGCACAAAAAAAAAAAAAAGAUUUGCCUGUAACUGCGCACGUCCUUCAUCCGAUUGACAGUACCUCUUUUCAGUCUUUGUAAGUGAUUAUAGAUUUCGUGAUGAACUUGGCCACCUCAAUAUUACAUUAAAUAGUACUUCAAUAUUUCUUGCGUUUUUUUUGGGUCCAAUAUUACGCCUUGAGUGUAGUUUGAGUGGCAAGUUCGAAAAUACCUGUAUACCAGUGCAAGUCGGAACAAAUUCUCUGAAGAAAAAUCCUCGUCAUAUGUGUGACACCGCUGCUAAGUUGUUAAUCCGCAGAUAAAUUACGGCAAUGACAUCAAUCGACUGUGGUAUCAAUGAACUACAGGCAAACCUGUUUUUGUACGAUUCCUUAUUAGUGCGAGCCUUUUGUGUAAAUUUUUAAUAUGUGUAAUUGGUUUGUGUGAUUCAUGUUCCGAUACGAGAAUAAAAUCGCACAAAUUAGAAAUCGUACAAAACGAAACGAACCAAAACAGGUUUGCCUGUACUGAAAAGGUCCAGAUUAGGGCUGGGCGAUCUUGAAUCGAUGUUUAGAGAAUCGCUCUUUUCCAUUCCGAUUUUUUUUGGGAUCGAUUCUUUGUACACAAAAAAUUGUGAAGAUCGAUCUUUUUUCUUCGAUUUUUACGAUCUUAGAAUUUUUUUUCAGUCUACAUCUAUUUUAAUCUCACUACCUGACAAAUAUCAGUGGCUCAUACGAUCACUGAACUGGAAGGAGAAACAUAUUAUCCCUCAGGGAAGAUAAUCUCAAUGUUAAAAAAUUUAAGAAAAGUAUGGGGGAGUUUUUUUUUUUUUAAAUAUUGCUCAAUAUGUAUGAUAUCAGAAAACUGAUUCAAUGUGUCCCACCACAGAACCAGUCAAACAAUUGAAACAAGUGAUGUUCCUGGUGCAAAAAGAACGAGAAUUCAAAGAUAUUCGAUCGGUGGAUACAUUUGUCAUAGUUACUUUGCUAGAUCCUCUUUUUUAGACGGUCUAUUUAGCUCACGUUAAGGCAUUGAAAUAUGUUUUCGAUAAAGUGGUGAUUGAAGACCUUAAACCAUCAACUGCUCCACAGGCAACUUCAACAUCAUUAGUGUGUGAGCAUGGAUCUAGUAAUUUGUGGAAGAACCAUAAUGAAAUGGUACGUAUUCCUUUUGAUUAUUCAAGGAUUAGUUCAAUUAUUGAAUUCAAAAUUUCUGUACUUAUAAAUACGCGAAUCGUUGGAUAAUUAAGAAUCUAAUCCCUUUGGAGUUAUUAACGGAGAACUUCGGUAUAUCCUACUUCAGAAUAUUGCAACACUAAACUCAAAUCCUUUGACUAUUUGGGAUACGAUCAAAAACUGGAGAAUAUCUCAACCGAAUGGUGACAUCAGAUCCAGCCGAAAGAUUGUUUUCGAGAACUGGCACUGCAACCAUGUAUCGGUUUCCACUAAAUACUAGACUUAUGGCACGCUUGGCUUUCAUGGGAUCGUUGUCAGCUGAGUUCUGCGUGACGGUUCAACACAAAUGUUAUGGAAAUUGCUUUUUUUCUGAAUUUUAAUGUUUUUAGGGUCUUGAGGAAUAAAUUACUUUUGAUGUUUGAAUGGAGAUAAUAUUUAUCCAAUUUUAUAUUUAAAGGAAAAACGACACUCAUACGAAUAACUACAUAAAUUUUGACAUUUUAAUGAUCGAUUCAGCAGAGAUUGAUUCCUUGGCGCCGAUUAAAUCAGUGAAUCGAUCCCUAGGCCGUUUAAAAAAUCGAUCCGAGAAGAUCGAUCUGUUCCUAAAGAUCGCCCAAUCCUAGUCCAGAUAUUGCUUUGACCCAUGAAAUCUAUUAUAUUGAUGAAGUUCUUUAUGAGUGUUUAUUGUUAAUAAUUUCCGAGGACUUCCACCGUCAAAUCAAUUUGAUUGUAGAUCUCACAAUUCGAAAAUUUUGAAAAAAAAAACAUUUUCAAGAUGACUUAUUGCUAUCCUUGUUCUAGGCAAUGAUCAAGCGCAGUCGAGGAGUCACUACAAAUUCGAACACGGCCGCUCGUUUUACGCCCUACUACAAUCGGGGCAGCUCACUCUGGCUAGUCAAAAGCUUUACUUAUCUUCCACUGUUCUAAACGUUGAAGCUCAUCAUCAACCGUAGUCAAUGCGGCAUAUUUCACUGGGCGCUUAGGACGAAAUAUUGGUUUACUCCAUUUAUUGAGAGUUAAUUUUGUGGAACCGUGUUUUAAGGGUUGAAAUAUCCAUGAAAAUUGUACAUCGGUGAUGACUACAGGUUAACUAUGUAUCGGUAAGGGUGCCUAGAAAGUUUAGUGGAUUCAUGGGCACGUAUAUUUGAUCAGUUGAUGCUGACUCCACAAUCGAAUAGAUUCAUUCGUUUUCAAGAUCUUUAUCCCAUCUGUUUAUUUUAUUAGGCUUAUUUAGCAAUUCAGCUGUAACAGUGUCGAAUUUAUUCGUGUACAUGUUUAUCUAACGAUAAUUUUGUUGUAUAUUACACAGUAGCCAUUUCAAGUGUAAGAAUAUUCCUAUCUUAUCGAUACACAUGUCCUUAUUUUUCGGCGUAAGAAUAUUCCUAUUGUUCAAUGGCUCACCAGUUGGACCAUACACAGCGGGACUUUUGAUAUGAGGCUUCCAUUGUUGUGUAAACAGCAUCAAUUUGUACAGACCGUAAUGUGAGCGGUAGGGCACUGGAAUUACCGUCACAUGGUGAUUGUUGCGUGGAUGUAGUAGCUAGAGUAACACACAAAGAUGGUCAAUUGAGGGCCCUGAGUUAUGAGCUUAUGAUCGUUCGCUUAGUAGCGGACACGCAACCGAAUAGGCUACGAACACCCCCCUUCGUUUCCAAGUUGUACUUGAGAUUUUGCAAUGCUUAUUUUCCAUGUGGUUUGCCAAUAUCCCGUUAAACUACAUACUGUUGCAGUAUCUUGUUUCAGACUGUUGUAUAUUGAUGAAUGACAACUGAUAUUGCACUGUAUGGAUCUUUGCGAAGAGGGCAGAAUUAAACCCUUUAAACUUGAAUGGAUUUAAUGAACGACUUCCUCAUAGGGUAAUCCAAUGGUUUGGAGAAGGGCUCUGGAAGGUCGAAAAACAUCGAAUUCUCGUGAGUUUUUCUUCGGAUGUUGAAAUUAAAGCUGAGUGUUGUGUGACUGGUUGGUGAUUUUGGUGAUUUCUUUAUGUAUAUUCGAAGAUGUAUUUUUUAUUUUUUGGAUGCCAAUAUAGUGAUUGUUAUGCAGUUGGCAGCUGGGCGCGUGGAUGCUCACUCUAAAACUGGUGGUAUGUUUUUCUUAGAAUCUAGCGGAUUGAUUUGGCUCAAAUUGGCAUGUAAAAAUUUAAAAAUGAAUCAUCUAAAUUGUUGCGUAGCGGUUUUUGAAAAAAAAAUUGGACAUGGCAUUUGAAUGAAAAAUUGUCUGUUUUUUUUCAACUAAAGUCACCUUUCAAUAAAGAAUUGAAAAGUUGGAAUAUCAAAAUACGGCUACGUAACAAUUUAGUUAGUUAAUUUUUACAUUUUUACAUGCCAAUUUGAGUCAGAUCGGUUCAGUAGAUUGUGAGAAAAACAUACCAUCAGUUUCAAAGAGAGUAUUUACGCGCCCAGCUGCCCACUGCAAAACGCCAAAAUAUCCCAAAACUCAACUUUAAUUCGAACAUAAAAAAAAACUCGCGAAAAUCCGAUAUAGUGUUCCCCCUUAGUUGCACCAGUUGUGACAAUCUGUAGUCUAUGCUGAUCCUGAAAAAAAAGUAGGUCAUAGUGUAAAGUGGAUUGACUGGUAUGCGGAUAGUUGAAGUGUAUGCAAUUUCAUAAACCAGCCCAAUACCAGUCACAGUUUUCUUGGUGUAGAGCAAGACCUUUCUGCCUAGUAGAGUUGAAAAGUUGCAUUUUGAUCGUUGAAAAAAUCACAGACAAACUUGAGUAUCAAAUCUAUUGUAGCGGGACUGGAGACUGGAGACAAUCGGCCUAAACGUUCCCAAAUUAUGUAUUACCGUUGCUGUUCGAGCAACAUUCGAUCGCAUUCGAAGUCACAACCGUUAGCUCAUUACACUAAACCCAGAAAACCUUCUUCUUCCAAAUCGACAUCCAUCAACAACGAAACAACAAGCGCUUCACGCGUUCUGCGAGAUGUAUCCAGAAAACGCUCAUCCAGUCAGUCAAAGACAAACCUUCAUCCCUCCUCACUUGUGUGCAGUUUCCCGACUGGGAAAGCUGACCAGGGUUGAGUCACUUGAGAUAACCAAAUAAAAAAAUAAUAAUAGAAAUAUGGAACCAGACAUAGUAUCUCUAUAUAGUUGUAAUAUUUAUAAUCAGUCGCGGCAGCACUUUAUUUUUCGUCGUGUGUUUUGAGACAAGAUGUAGACAAUUUUGGACAACAGAAAAAAGUUCCUUCUUAGUAGUAAAUAGAGUGUGUGUGCGUAGGAUUGGCCGGGAAAUGCUCGUUCCAAAUCCCCACAUAGGUCACCGUAAAAGAAUAGCUCUGAAAACGCCGGGAAGCCGGGAAGUUCGCUACUGCAAGACUGCAAAGAUUGCAAUUCGAGUGUGCGUCGUUUUGUUGUGGCUAGUUUAGUAUUCCAGAUACCCGUGUGUGGCAUGUUAGAGAUUGUAAUUGUUCGUAUUGUGGUUGGAGUUUGACAGAAAAAUAAAUAAAUAUAAAUGAAAGGUAUAUGAAAUUCAGUCGACAGUAACCCGUGUGCGGUUCGAUACACAGAAUAGUAUUGUUUUAGCAAAUAGGAUCUACGUAUAGCUACUCUAGAGUGGGAUUAAAUGUGCGAUCUCUCAAGCCACACAGAAAAAUGACAUAGUUUACUCCGUAAACAUUUUCCAGCUAAUCGAUAAGGAAGCGAUAGCGAUAUUAUUUUGUGGGGAAAAUUGACCAGAAAAAUUAAUCGAUAAUCGAUUGUCAAGUGAAAUAAGUCGUGUCUUAAAUCUUUUUCGGAUUGGAAAAAAGGACAUUUUAUAGUCAUUCAUUCUGAUACCAUAAGAGAAAAUUUAAAUAUACAUAAACACUAAAGCGGAUAGCCUUACGGAAAAGGACUGACAUUGUUUCGCUCGUUCCUCUCCAUUUUUCAUAUACACUUUGCAUAUAAACAGAGGACGAAAUUUGAUCCGUUCGAAAAGAUUAGCUUCUUCACCUAUUAUAGAAAUUUUUGCUCUUCUCUAAAAUUAGGUAAGCGAAUUGGUACUGUGAUUUUGUUUUCUUGUUUUAAUUGUAGUUUUAAGCUUGUUUUUAUUUCUCCGCUUCUUUCGCUAGACUCCUGAAGAGCUAUUGUUAUUUUUAUUUGCCAAAACAGAUGGGAGGAAAGCACCCAAAUUAUAAAUUCACUAGCAUUAAGUUUACUCAAGCGUGACAACGAGAGACGCGAUGAAGAUAGCUGAGAUGUGCUGCCUUGAAAACACUUAUUAUACAUCUUCCACUUGAAUGCACAGAGACAACUUGAACCCUUCAUUACUGUUGAACGUUGAAAAUUCCUAUUUAUUGUUUCGGUUAUUCGGUCCUGCUUUGUUCCCCCUUAACGCGGCAGCACAUUCAACAGCUCAAAGUGGAAGUUUUGUAUUUUCACGCGUGAAACCAUAACAAAAGGAAAUGUUCUACAGCAGCAACACAACACUUGCAAUAAUACGACCAGAGAGAAGAUUGAUGUGUACUCGCAUUUUCCGAGAGGCUUGGCUCAAACCAAAGAGAUUUCACUACUUGCGUUUUUUUUCAAUCGACAAAUGCAGAGACAGCAAGUCAUAUUUUAGCAUAGACAAACAAGAGGCUUUUGCUUUAGCACGUUUCCAGGCAUGGAUGUUUUGUUAUAUCGUUCUCACGCAACUAGUUUAAGUUUUAUGCAAAUGGUUCCUUUCUUCACGCGGAUAAACAAAAGAACUAUAGUCCACUGUUUAUGGAAAAUCCAGCGAAAAAAAAAGUGCCGUAAUCUGUUGUAAUAUAUGUUAAGAAUUGGCUGACUGAAAAUCAAAUCUAAGAGUUGAACAAACAAACAAAAAAGUUGCCUUCAUUCACGUAGUUAAAAACGCAAUGCCUUGUGGAGCAUCAGCAUCACACAUUUAUUGAACAGAUCAGUAUUCACCGUUUUGACAUAAAGUUAAAAAACAAACAAACAAACAAAAAUAGCAGAGAUUGAAUUCUCAUCUCGACGACAAAUGUACAAGUGCAGUUUUAUGUUCCCAAAGUUUUCCUUGUUCAGUAAAGUUUUAUCUCAUAAGUAAUUUAUUUCACAAAACCAACUAAUAGCGGAAAUAGUUUAACUACUAACCAGUUUUAGUUUGCACAUACACUACUGAUUACUGCUGCAUAAAAAAAAACCAAAAUUGACAAUUAAUGAUAAAUACACAGUACAGAUACACAUUAAUUUAUUAAACAGUUUACAUUAUUGCAAACACACAGUAAAUAAUACACUUGCUCUACUUAGCACGUAAGCUCUAAUCUAGAUAAGCGGAGUGACGGACGAACUUGUGAAAGUUUUACUAUAUUUGUACAAAUGAAUUAUGAACAAACAAAAAUAUGAACUACUUUAUACCGUUUUGGUCCUAAGAAUAUUAAUAGUUGAAUGAAGAAUUAUAACAAUAAAUACAAGAUAACCAAGAUAA